AUGGAUGCAGACAAGUGCCACACGCUGGAGAACGGUCGUAUCGUCUACUUUGACUUUUUAGUAGACGGGUCUGAAAACACUGGAACCACUACCGCUUAUACUCAAGGGUAUCAAAAGCACGACCUCGCAUCGAUUGUGAUGCUUGAGCAGAGACAAAACCUCACCGCAGCGACAGCGGCAGAACACCGCCACGAAGGACGUCGCCCACACGCGCGCACCCAUACGCUGACAGAAGGAACAGCACUACAACGCCCCAGCGACCGACUCACAACUAUCUUCAUGACGUUGCUCCACCGCACUUCUGGGCGGUUCAACCCGAUGAAGGCAGGAUAG